GAUAUUUGUUAUCAGCAACGUUCUAUUGGCAGUUCGUUUCUGGUUGUUUGUUAUUUUGUCUACCCUGUCCAUUAAUCACGGAAGAUAUUUCACUUUAUAUAUUUCAUAUAGGUUACGUUUAGAUUAUUUUAUCACAUGGACAUUCAGGAAGUGUCAGGAUCACCUGAGAGCAUCCGUCAGUCACCAGAUCGCUAUAACUCUCUUUCGGACAGUCUCUCGAGCGGUCCUUUUGUAUCACGCCAUCCCGUCCCGUCCCGCAACGUGGGGAACUACCUGUUGUAUGAUCCGCUGCAGGAAAACGUACUCAGAGCUGCGAAUGCUCAUAGCGGAGAGGAGUUGGUGUGCAAGGUGCUUCCUGUCUCUCGGUACCGGGAGGUUCUGUGUUCGUACUACUGCCUGCCCCCCCACCCCAACAUAAUUGAGAUGCGUGAUGUGGUUGUCGGGGACGCCCAUGCCUACUUGUUCUUCCCACGUUCCUACGGGAACCUAGGGGUGAUGCUCCAGGCCCGGCGGCUACCUGAGGACACAGCCAGAUACCUGUUCCGCCAGCUGGUGUCGGCUGUGGCACAUUGCCAUAACAAUGGACUAGUGCUCAGAGACCUCAAGCUGAACAAGUUUGUCUUCAAGAACAAGGAGAGGACCCUGUUGAUGCUGGAAAGCUUGGAUGAUGCAGUCAUAAUGCAGGAAGGAAACACCUCCCCCUAUUGCAGCCCAGGACAUGGGGACGUCUCUGGCGGUUUGUGGGUGCUCGUGGACUCUGGGGCUGACGAGAGCUUUAUGGACACUAGCCUGGUGUCGGAGCUGGGUAUCUCCACACAACUCCUCUCCGUUCCCAUGGACGCCAGAGCAUUUGACGGACGCUCUAUUGGCAGGGUUACUCACAGUACGAUUCCUAUCAACCUGCGAGUGUUGGUACCUUCUUCCUCCCCUGAACAGUGGUGGAAAAAGUACUGUCAGGAGUUCACCUAG